AGUCGCUCCGAGGCGUGCGGCGUGACGUCAGCGCGGCUGCUGUCAGUCAGACAAAGACAGUCAGUCAGUCAGUCAGGGCGAGUCUUCCUUACAACAUCACAUAAAAUAUCAUCUUCAUCGCCUGACAGAGCGCAUUAAAUGAUCUGCUGCGCUGAGAUUUUGUGUAUUUUCCUCAUUCCAGAAUGUCUCACUACACAGAUGAGCCACGCUUCACCAUCGAACAGAUUGACCUGCUGCAGAGACUGCGGCGCACAGGUAUGACCAAACCCGAGAUCGUGCACGCGCUGGACACCCUGGAGCGGCUCGACCGCGAGCACGGGGACAAGUUCGGCCGGCGCGGCCCGUCAGACUCCAACGCCACCAACAGCACCACCUCCAGCACUACACCCACCUCAAAUAACACUAGCAAUGCCACCAUGGCGACCUCCUCCACCACUUCCACAGCAACGCAAACGCAGUUCCACGGUAAUCAUUCGCCGUCGCCCAGCAACAGUUACGCCACGUCUCCACCUGCCGUCUUACCCUCGCCAGUCUCUCUGGUUGCCAUGGCGCAGAACGGUCGGGACGCUUUGGCGGCGACACCCAAUGGGAAGCUGUCGCCAAACCGUUACCCAGUGAACAGUGCGGCGGCCGUGAGGUCGUAUGGGCUGGAGGGGUCAGAGGAGGACCUGGAUAUAGAUGACAAGGUGGAGGAGCUCAUGAGGCGGGACAGCACCCUGGUGAAGGAGGAGAUCAAAGCCUUUCUGGGCAACAGACGCAUCUCACAGGCUGUGGUGGCUCAGGUCACAGGCAUCAGUCAGAGCAGAAUCUCUCACUGGCUCCUCCAGCAAGGCUCAGAUCUCAGCGAACAGAAGAAACGAGCUUUCUAUCGCUGGUAUCAGCUGGAGAAGACAACGCCAGGCGCCACAUUAAAUAUGCGCCCCACCCCUGUAUCUCUGGAUGAAAUGGAGUGGCGUCAGACUCCGCCCCCCAUAAGCUCCGCCCCUGGAAGCUUCCGUCUACGCAGAGGCAGCCGCUUCACCUGGAGGAAGGAAUGUCUUGCUGUGAUGGAGAGCUAUUUCAGUGAUAAUCAGUAUCCAGAUGAAGCCAAACGAGAGGAAAUCGCCAACGCCUGCAACGCUGUUAUUCAGAAACCAGGAAAGAAGUUGUCUGACUUGGAAAGAGUCACAUCAUUGAAAGUCUACAACUGGUUUGCCAACCGACGCAAAGAGAUCAAGAGGAGGGCCAAUAUCGGGUCUUUUUUCCAAGAAGCCACAAUCUUGGAGAGUCACGGGAUAGACGUGCAGAGCCCCGGAGGACACUCCAACAGCGACGACAUCGACGCUAACGACUACAACGAGCAGGCUUGCGAUGUUACCUACUUUGAAAAGAGAGGAGUGAACAGACCCUUCGGUUACUACCGUCUGGAGCCCACCUCACCAACACAGGAUGACGCCGGCAAUCACGCAGACCACCAGGACCCCAUCUCUCUGGCUGUGGAGAUGGCAGCUGUCAAUCACAGCAUCCUCGCCCUGUCCCGUCCGGGGGGCGUGGCCGGUGAAAUCAAGACAGAGUCGCUGGAUGACGACUGAGGGAGGAUCGAUGAGUGCGUGUGUGGACGUCUGCAGACGUGUUCAUGGAGCAAUGACCAAAUCAACGCUCUGUCUCAAGCUUCUAGAAUCCAAUACCGCCUGCCACCGACACUCCUGCUGAACCACUAGACACACACACACACACACACACUCUUGACAGGAACUGAUAAGUGGAAGGUCGUUCCACGAUGUUCGGCCAUCACCCGCGGCUCUUAUUUAAGCCUCCCGAACCCUCGCUGACCCAAACCUCGUACCUCAUUCCAGUAACUUGUAUAAUGUUCGAUGUGCUUCCUGUCUGUGUGCUCCCUCAUUCCCUCGUUCUCACAGAUAAGCUAAAAGGCAGAUGGUUUAGGAGAGAGGUGAGUCUCUGUGAAUUUCUGCUCUGGAUCCAUGAUCUUCUCCAUUCCAACUACAGUUGCUCUCAGUUAACAGGUUUAACGUUCCUACUUUACUUUUGUGAGGGAUUUCAUUAAACAGCAAUUGGGUGCAUCUCACAGAAACACAUUUCAAGAACACAUUUCACCACAAAAUUAAAGUGAAAUUAAUAUAUUUUGCAUUAAAUAUUAUUUUACAGAUUUUAAAGCAAAUUGUCCAUUACAAAAAUAUUGAAAAUAUAUAUUUAAAUCGUAUAACAUUUACGAUCUUAUACUUACUGUAUGCUGACUUGAAAAACAAUAAUUAAAAAAAAAAAAAAAAAAAGUCAUAAAUGCUAUGAUUCUAUGGAAAAAAAAAAAAUCUUCAGAAUGCAAAAUGUAAUUUUAUAUUAUUUUCCUUUUGGUUUGUGGAUGAAAUUUAACCUGGAUAUAUAGUAAUAUUUAUCCAAUUGCAUUAUACUGUAUUUUAAUUUGAAUUCAAAAGGGUGGGGAGGUGAACCAUAAAUAUAAUGAAACUUGAAAGAUAUGGUUACAUAACCACCAAAGCGCAACUUAUUCUGCGCAAAAGCUCAAGUCUCCUGGACUCUAAAUGAACCUGCAAAGAGAGACUUCAGUCGGCAGACAGCAAGCUUUCUUUAUUUUCAACCGUGAAGUGUCCAGCAUUACCCAAAGUCAGUUUGCAUUAAAGCGCUAUUCUUAUGUUUCUAUUUAUUUCGCUUUUCCGUUUUAUUUACAUGCAACGUUUUCACACAAAGUUUGAAGACCGAAGCAUCCGCUUUCAUACACCGGCGUGAAAAAUCAUUCCACUAAAAUUUUGGCUCCAGUUGCCAGCAGUCAGAAUUACCGCGUGCAAACUCCCACUAAGCUUUAUUAUUAUUAUUAUUAUUGUGAAAUGACAUCAAAAUUUCACAGUGUUAUUAACUGUUCACGAGAGACUGACUGAUAAAUGUUUGUUCUGCUGCCACAGAGCUUCGAGAGUCUGAACUCUCAUCUAACAUAAGCUUGGUUCCAAAAUGUAGCUUUUUUUUAAAUUAAAGGUUCUAAAAGAACUUUAUCCUCUCGCUGAGCUUUAUUCACUGAAACGAGCGGAACGAUUGAUUCGUAGAGCCGUUCUUACAUUCAUGAUCAAACCCGUAAGAAUACUAACAGACAUUGGUUCUGUCCGUGUCAUGAAUGAAGCCCAGUUUAUGUAUCCUUCCUCUAUCUUCCUGUGUACAAUUGAUAUUUAUGAAAUGACAAUUUUCGUUUAAUAAUAAUUCAAGAUUAUUUUACACCGUUUUUAUGUUUUACGUUCAGAGCAGUCUCCUGAAGCGUGUCUGAUUCAGAUCAAGCACCCCCUUCACUCAAGGAAUUAAAAAAAAAAACCAUGCCACCUUUUUUUUUUUUUUUAUACUAGAAUUUGUUUUACAUUUAAACAUUGCAGCGAUACACAAAAAAAGGUCAUUUUCUAAUGCUGUAAUGUUCAAAUGUGUUCAGAUGUCCAUGUAUCUUGUCUUUGUACACAUGACAGAAUGUGCCAAACUGCAGUAUGACGUCAAGUAUUGACAUUUACACGAUCUCGAAGCGACAUACAGAUUCCACGAAUGACUCGUUCUGUUGACUCAAGUGUUCGAUUCCAGAGCAACGAACGUUUUUAUUCUGUAUCGUAACCCUGCUGGUUCAAAGGGGGUGCUUUUCAUUUAGUUCCUCAGAGUGCAUUUUCAUACGUCUAUAAACAAAAAAAUCUAUAGGCUUAUAAAAGCAACUGUAUAAAUAAACAGAAGACAGUAACUAUGAAUUUAAAGAUUGUUUGAAUCAAAUAAUUCUAUGAUUUCAAAACAUUCUGUUGUGAAUCAUCUGUAUCUCCCAUUUAAGAAUUUAGUGCCUUUUUUGGACAGUAGACUGUUCUGUAAGUAUACUAUAGUAUAUAUGAACUUUUUGUACAGUUUCUUUGUUUAAAAUGACUUUUUUUAAAACUUGUGUUUAUUUUAGUACUUUAUCUUCUGGAAAAUAAAGGUAUAUUGAUGAUCAA